AAAAUUCCUUUUUCUACGUUUUCCACUCCCACGUACACACACAGGCCAAAUAAAGCUACGUGCCGAUAGACAUGUCCACUCUUUCGAGCUGUGGAUAAAACCGAGCACGAGCCGGUUCAACGAAUACAAAGGCAAACUGAAUAUGGCUUGUAUGUCUGUGUUCGUGCUUCUGUGCGUGCUUGUGCUCGUGCCCUCGGUUCCAUGUCAAUAUGAGCACUACAGCCCGGAGAAUUUCCCGCAUGCCGAUCUGAUGCCACUGGACUCGGCGUACGGUUUCGCGCUGGAGCGUUACGGAGAGCGGGACUGGGCGGAGAGCGCGCGCUACCUGGAGCUCAGCCUGCGCCUCCACAGACUGCUGAAGGAGAGCGAGGGCCGCUGCAGCCGCGCGUGCACCCAAGACAAUCUGCAAGACACCGACAUGGACACGAGCCUGAGAAUCAUUAAACACGUCCUCACGCGCGCGGCGUGCGUGAAAAAGUGUAAAGCAGAAAUGCCCGUGUUUUCUAAACAGUACCCGAAACCUGAGACCCUGGAGGCUUUUGCCACGAGGACGCCGUACCGGUAUUUACAAUUUGCUUAUUAUCAGAUGAAUAAUCUGGAGAAAGCUGUAUCAGCAGCACACACUUAUCUCCAGCGUAACCCAGGAGACCUCUUAAUUUCCAAAAACAUGAACUUUUACAAAAGUCUAUUUGACAUUGAAGAGUACUUACUGGACCAGGAGGAGAAAAAACAUGAGACACUCUUUCUGAACGCAGUGCUGCUGUAUAACGCAGGGGACUUCAGCAGAUCUAUAAGGAUGAUGGAGGAGGUGUGUGUGGAGUAUUUGCGUGUGUAUGAUGAGUGUGUUUCAGCAUGUGAGGGAUCAUACGAGGUACAAGAGGUUAAAGACUUUUACCACACACUCGCAGGGUUGUUCAUUGAGGUAAUGCGGUGUAAAGUGAGGUGUGAAGAGGAUUUAACUCCCAAUGUUGGUGGAUUUUUUGUAGAAAAAUUUGUUGCCACCAUUUACCACUACAUGCAAUUUGCAUAUUAUAAAUUAAAUGAUGUCAUUAAAGCUACUCAGUGUGCACUUAGUUACCUGCUCUUUGAUCCUGAUGAUCAGGUGAUGCAGCAAAAUGUUGCAUAUUACAGAUUUCACAAAAAGCAGUGGGGUCUGAAAGAGGAGGACUUUAAACCCCGCCCAGAAGCUCUUCAUUACUUUAAUCAGACAGUAAAGCAAAAAGAUUUGCUGGAAUUUGCAGGCAACUAUUUACAGACGGAUGAUGAGGAUGCUGUGAGUCCAGAGGAAUCCCCUUCUCUUUCUUCUCCCGAUGAAGAGUUUGAUGGAGUUGGAGAUUAUGAAGAGUCGUUCCUUGCUGAGUGGUGGCAGGAACCCAAAACUAAAGGAGACACUGGAGAAGCAGAAUGAAACACUACAUCAACAUCAGUGGUGUGUGUAUUGUGAUGAACAGUGACUGCUGAUGAGCAGAAUUAUGAAACUGUGCAAACCACACAUCAGGACUGGAAGAGCACCAAUUGUGACUCACCACCAUUAUGAUCAUUGAUUAUUAUUAUUAAACAAUAAAUAAAUACUUUUUAUGUAAAAAAAAAUAGAUUUUUCAUUCUGACUUUUUUCUCUUCUCCAAAGUACCAUGCAAGACAGCACUAAUUUCUCAAUCAGAAUUAUCCCGUCUCAUGAACCCACCCACCCGAGAAAAAAUAUAUGUAUGUAGAAAAAAAACAAACGCAAAAACUGCAUUUAGAAACAGUUGAGUUCUGUUUCCAUGAAUCUGCUAUAUAACGAUUAAACUCUUACUUAUCUAGUUAACGUUAGCUUGUUUACAAUAGCUUGUUGUAUAGUGCACUGUAACUAACACGCCAAACGUGUUGUUUUAUACAUAGAGCAGUUACUGUAAAGUGAUUAUUAUGUAGCUUUGUAGAAGCCAACAUUCUGUUUUCCUAUUUAAGCUUAGACAAAAAUUUAUCAAGAGCAACUCCUCCUAGAGCUUUCGAGCCACAUACACCAAAUUCGGAUAUGUUGUAGACGCUGGUCUGAAGCUUGUUGCUGUUACUUUUCUAAGCGAUCCGAGUACCGGUACUUCCGGUACCUGGUCUCAAACUGGCCUUUUUUCCCCCAUAGACUCCCAUUGUAAACUUUGGAGGUUUAUAACUCGGCAAGCUUUUUCAACUACCUACACCAAACUCGGCCAGCUCCUUUAGGGUGAUACUCUGAACAAACUUUUAAAUUGGUGUACCGACUGGCCUUCCGGUUGUCCCGCAGCCCCGCCCCCAAAAUAUGCAAAAUCAAAAAACUUUUUACAACAUGGACAUGUGACAUAUCAAAACACAGAACAAUGAGGGGAAUUUCCUCACAUGUAUUCUGAUGCCGUCACAUCCUCAUCUCCACUUACUUCCGAAUGUUUUGGCACCCUAGCUUUCUGUUUACUUGCUUCCAAAAGUAACACUGACCCUUAUGUCCACUCCCCUCCAAAAAGCACUGGCCUUUGCGAAUAAUUGCAUCGUCAAAGCCAACAUCAAAUUUUGACACGACACACUUUACAAAUCUAGUUUAAUAAUUGAUUUUAUUACAAAACAUUACUUAUUUUAUAUAUAUUUUUCACAAUAACAGUCAUGUUUAUAUUUUAUUGUAUGUUGAUGGCUUAACUGUAAACA